AUGUCAAAACUUAGAGUCGCCUACAUCCCCGAACACUUCUCCACCCCGCUCUUCUUUGCCGAGCAGCAAGGCUACUACGCGGGGAAGAACCUCGCUGUGGAAUUUGUCAAAGUGCCAGAAGGAAGCGGCAGAUUGAUCAAUUUGCUCAACAACGACGAGGUCGACGUGGCAAUUGGCUUGACGGAAGCUUUCAUUGCCAAUAUAGCCAAGGGCAACGACAUGAUCAAGCUCUUGGACAACUACGUCAAGUCGCCUUUGCUAUGGGCAGUGAGCACGGGCGCCAAUCGCACAAACAUCACUUCAUUACCGGAUCUUUCGCAGCACGGCAAGAUUGGAAUAUCACGCAUAGGCUCGGGUUCCUAUGUGAUGAGCUUUGUCUUGGCGCAUAAGCUCGGCAUGGACAAGUUCAACGAGUUUGUCAUCUGCUCCAACUUCAGCAACUUGCGAGACUCGGUCAACCACGUUGCCCUGCGGGUGGGGGCAGUUGGGUCAGCUGGGCCGAGCGAUGCGUUCAUGUGGGAGUACUUUACGAGCAAGAAAUACUACGAUUCCGGCGAAAUCAAGCAGAUUGGCGAGAUAUACACCCCGUGGCCUUCGUGGGUCUUGGCUGCCUCGACCAAGAGCGUGCAGAGCAAGAAACUGGACAUCUCCAGCUUUGUCGCUGCUGUGAAUCAGGGCAUUGCCUAUUAUAAUGAACACACCGACGAGGCCGUCGAGUAUAUCGCUGCCAAUUUGGAUUAUUCGGCCGAAGAUGCCCGUGAAUGGACCAAGACGGUUGAGUUUAACGAGUCCAUAGGCACAGUGCCGUUAGAUUGGGAUGUCAUCGUCAAGAGAACUACUGAUUUGUUGAAAAGCGCUGGGGUCUUGCUGGGUCACAGUGACGCUGAAAUCGAGGCACGCCUAGAUGCAAACGUAUUUAAAUCCAAUAUAUAA